AUGGUGCAACUAGUGGAUUUGGACAAUAUGUCAGGGCCUCCGUAUUUGUGCGUUUUUCAUCUGGCCACGGCGGGUCAACAGGGCCCGAACCUGGGUUCGGAUGAAGAAGAAAUCGUUGCUAUGAUAUACAUAGUCAUCGACAAAACACUAAAUAAGUUUAAAAUUGAAUAG